GUUUUGUAGGAACCGAUUAGUUUGUCCUGUUACGUCAUAAACCCAGAGAAAUGCUUUCUCGCUUCAACAUUCAUCAGCCAUGGAAAGUUCGAUUCUUUUCUCGUUCCACUGGAAACCCAGAUGCCAUUUUGGUGGGAUCAUGUUCCUCUUCCUCUCUUCCAUCGCCAGAGCCAUCGACUAAACCUUCUUCUGAUCAAAACCAGAUCUUCCCGUUGAACAAGCUUAUUGCAAGACAUGUACGUUCUGGAGAUAUAGACGGAGCUCUCAGAGUGUUCCACGGAAUGAGAGCUAAGAACACCGUCACAUGGAAUUCUCUUCUCGUUGGGUUUUGUAAAGAUCCAAGUAGAAUUAAGGAAGCACACCAGCUGUUCGACGAAAUCCCUGAACCAGAUACUUUCUCCUACAACAUCAUGCUAACUUGCCACGUUCGCAAUGGAAACUUCGAGAAAGCUCAGAGCUUCUUCGACCAGGCUCCGUUCAAGGACGCUGCGUCAUGGAACACGAUGAUCACAGGGUACGCACGAAGAAAGGAAAUGGAAAAAGCGCGGGAACUGUUCUACGCCAUGACUGAGAAGAACGAGGUUUCUUGGAAUGCAAUGAUCUCUGGUUACGUAGAGAGUGGGGAUUUGGAAACGGCGUCACGUUUCUUCAAAGCGGCUCCCGUUAGAGGCGUGGUGGCGUGGACGGCGAUGAUCACAGGGUACAUGAAGGCCAAGAAGGUUGAAUUAGCUGAGGCUGUGUUCAAAGACAUGACAGUGGAUAAAAACCUCGUAACUUGGAACGCUAUGAUCUCUGGUUACGUCGAAAACUCUCGCGCGGAGGAUGGAUUGAAGCUUUUUAAAGCAAUGCUAGAGGAAGGCGCUAGGCCUAACUCGUCUGGACUGAGCAGCGUUCUGCUCGGAUGCAGCGAGUUAUCGGCCUUACGGUUUGGGAGGCAAGUUCAUCAGAUAGUGUGCAAAUCAUCUACACUGUGUAAUGACAUUACCGCGUUGACGUCUCUGGUAAGCAUGUACUGCAAAUGUGGAGAGCUUGGUGAUGCUUGGAAGCUCUUUCAGGGGAUGAAGAUGAGAGACGUUGUGGCGUGGAACGCGAUGAUCUCCGGGUACGCACAGCACGGGAAAGCUGAGAAGGCUUUGUCUUUGUUCCGUGAGAUGAGGGUUAACAAGACCAGACCGGAUUGGAUAACGUUUGUUGCUGUUUUGCUGGCUUGUAACCAUGCUGGGAUGGUGGAUACUGGUGUAGAGUAUUUCGAUUCCAUGGUGAGAGAUUACAGGGUGGAACCAAGGCCUGAUCAUUACACUUGUAUGGUUGAUCUUUUGGGCCGAGCUGGGAAGCUGGAGGAGGCGUUGGAGCUGAUAAGAUCAAUGCCGUUUAAGCCGCACGCUGCUGUCUUUGGGACGCUCUUGGGGGCUUGUAGGGUGCACAAGAACGUGGACUUGGGUGAACUCGCAGCUGAGAAACUGCUCGAGCUUGACCCGAGUAACGCAGCCGGGUAUGUACAGCUUGCGAAUAUAUACGCUUCGAGAAACCGUUGGGAAGACGUUGCAAGGGUUCGCAAGAGAAUGAAGCAGAGCAACGUUGUGAAGGCACCUGGUUAUAGCUGGAUAGAGAUUCGAAACAAGGUUCACCAUUUCAGAUCAAGCGAUAGGAUUCACCCGGAGCUAGACUCAAUACACACGAAGCUGAAGGAGAUGGAGAAGACGAUGAGACUAGCUGGAUACAAACCGGAGCUAGAGUUUGCUUUACACGACGUAGAAGAAGAGCAGAAGGAGAAGCUUUUGUUAUGGCAUAGCGAGAAGUUAGCUGUUGCUUAUGGGUGCUUAAAGCUACCUGAGGGGUCACGGAUACAAGUGUUCAAGAACCUGAGGAUCUGCGGUGAUUGUCAUAAAGCAAUCGAAUUUAUGUCGGAGAUAGAGAGACGAGAGAUUGUAGUGAGAGACACGACAAGGUUUCACCAUUUCAAAGAUGGGUCUUGCUCUUGUGGCGGUUACUGGUAAAAGAAAUAAAAGACAAGAGCUUUGACUCUGGACAGGUCAAAUCUGAUGUGAGGACAGUAUUUAAAUACGUUAGUGUGUGAAUAAAGUUUCCACCUUUGACUUGACAAAGUUGCGUUAAGGAAGGAAGGAUGCGUAGAUCGGCGAGUGGCUCAAGAGUUUCUGAUCAAUCACCGUCACCGUCUCCGCCUCGAUCUCAGAGUGCAACGUUUAUGGAAGAUGAUGUGGAGCUGCUGUUGCCAAGGUACGACCCGAGUUCUCAACCGGGGAAGAGAGAGAAGUCACGGUUGAGAUCUGCAGAAAACGUCAUCCAUUUCAUUCCUCUCCUUCUUCUGCUCUGUGUUGUAAUCCUCUGGCUCUUUUCUCAUUCAGCUUGAAGGAGUUAAUUUGAGUGGAAGAAGACAAUUGUUGUUAAUUGGGAAUGAAACAUCUUUUUACUGCAAGACUUCGAUGAGAUGGGGCCAGCCAGUCAAAUGAUUUUUCUGUACCCACACACAUUCAUUGUCAUAUAUCAUACGGUAUAUUGUCUGAAAUCUGAAUGAAAUUUCUAUUUGAGAUCACUAUUUAUAGUAGUCCUUGAUUUUUA